AUGAUUUUCAAGAUGGCCGACAGUGGUCAGGAAAAUAUUCGCAAUGGCUUGCGAUUUUUUGAUCGAACAGACGAUUUAACGGCGUCAAAAGUUGGACUUGCAGCACGAGAAGGUGAUGAAGAAACUUUAAGAGCUCUUCUAGCCAGUGGUAUGUGUAUUUCAGCUUACGGUAUUACUGAAAACUUAAUUUCCACAUUGGAUUAAAAGUAAUCAAGACUUGUUUUUGAUGCUUAUGACAGUUGUUGGAUGUGCGCUGUUGGAGUAGACCUGUGUCUUGUAUGAACCCAAAACCAAACAAUUUUAUUUCCACCACUACAACACUAUUUUCAAUUAAAGGUAGAUUGCAGUAUUUACUCAUGUGUAAUAAGCUUUCUUUUUUCAGAAUUGUUUGCUUGUAUGUUGGUAGAGGCACAAGCUGCAAAUAAAUGUUUUUAGAAGGAUGUAUUUUUGACCAGGUCACCAUUGUAGUUAGAAAAACCAAAAAAAUUAUAGGACACAAAUUAUUUCAAAUGUUUUAUUUCUUUAAUUACUAUGCAAAUCUACAGAGUAAAAAUUGACAGUCUAAGUAUUUGAUCUGCCCCGUCAUCAUGUAUGACCACCAGAAAUGUUUUGGCAGACAUAGGCAAGUUUUAGUGUGCCAUUGUCUGAUGAUUAACUGUUAUUUGUAGCUCUGGAGGAAGUGGUGUUGGGAAUCGGCUGAGAUUUCAUAAUCGAUCAUCAGAAAUAAUCAGAUUAGUCUACCUGAUCAAUCAUCAUUUAUUACGAUGAGAAAAUUCUCUUACAUGAAUUCUAUUUAUUUUUCACCUUUGUGCAAGUCAAAGUACAUGUAACACAAACUUUCUGAGCCCAACAACCACUGAGCUCAGAAUUUUUUGUUUGCUUCCUGGUGAUCAAAUUCUCUUUCUUCUUUAAUUUUGAGAUCAUUUUAAAAUACAACACACAAGUUUUUAAUCUCUUUAUUUGCUGACAAGAAUUUUUAAUUUUUUCCCACAAAAAUUUUUGAUUGAACAUUUUCCAAAAUGAAUUAUAGCAUUGCUUGAAGGUUUUGAUCGAUGAUUAAUUAAGUUGUUAUCGAUUAUCAGCAUACCACUAGCUUGCAGACCUGAUUUUUCUUUAAAAGAGCGGCUCUAAUAAUUAAUUAAGUUACUACUGUAUUUGUUAGGGGCAGCCUGUGAUGUUUCAGACAACCGUGGCUGGUUCCCAGUGCAUGAAGCAGCUGCCGCAGGACAUGGUAGUUGUCUGCGAAACUUACUGCAACACAGGAGUGAGGACCUUCUUGAUUCAAAAGCCUACAGUGGUGAAACUGCUCUUUUCUUGGCCGCUGUGAAUGGCCAUGUGGAGUGUGUAAGGACACUCUUAGAAUUUGGUGCAGAUGUGAAUAUCAUGAACAAUGAAGAAGUGAAUCUUCUUGUUGCUGCUGUAAAAGCUGGAAGCAUAGAAUGUUUUGAGGUUUGCCUUCAAAAUCUUAUUUUUAAUCUAGCCAUUGAAAGUUAAGGUAGUGUGGUUGAGUGGCCAGCAUGCAGACUGGCAAUCAGGCGGUCAUGGGUUUGACUCUCACUCAGGCCACCUACUGGAUUUAUUUUCAUCAUCCCAAGUUAAUCCUCAGCCGUGUUUGUAAAUAGCCAAUGGGCUACCUCCUGCCAGUUGAGUAUUUUAAUACUGUUAUGUACUAUUUGGUUUUUUACUUCUAAUUAUUUGAGAGGAGAGCUUACAAACUAGCUGAAUAAGCUAGGUGGACUUUCUACUUGCUGUAAACAAACCUUCAACCUUUAAAAAAUAGUUUGAAGGGGAACUUUUUGGUACUGAUAUCAUUUUUUCUUCAGAUUUUCUCAACAUUCAAUCUGGAUGCAAAUGGUCAGGACAUUGGAGGUUGGAGUGCACUCCAUGAGGCAGCAUUUGCUGGGCGAGAAGACUUCAUCAAGCUGCUUCUUUCCAGCGGAGCAAGCAUCAACAUACAGAACAGUGAUGGGGCCACGCCUUUAUUUACUGCAGCACAAUAUGGCAAGCAUUCUUGUUUAAAACUGUUGUUAAAAGAGGGUGCUGAUGUGAAUAUUUUGACUGUGGAUGGAGCAUCACCUUUGUUUAUUGCUGCUCAGGAAGGCCUGGUUGAUUGCAUGAACACCCUCUUGGCUGCAGGUGAUUGUUUUUAACUGCUUUUACUCAUUGUUAUACCUGUAAUCAGUAACAGCCCAUUUCAAAUUUAUUCCUCACAAAGCAAGGUUAAUAAAUCUGUCGGAAUUUACAUUGCUCGUUGCUUCCACAAAAUCACCAAGCAAAGACUAAGCUCCAAUUGACCUCAUUCAGUAUAAUGUCUCAUGUAGGUGUAUUUUUCAGUUUCCAAGCAACACUUUGAUAGAACCAGUUGAUAUCAAGGAGGAUUGGUCAGUGUUGUGUUGAUUGUUUUUGUGGCCAUUUUGGCAGUCAAGAAAUGCUUUUGCCGAUUAAUUUCAAGGGCAAAACUAUUUUACAGAGAACAUUGGAAUUGCGUUUCAGUUUGGCUUUUUACUGUAAAAACCUUGCUUUUCCGUGAAAUCAGUACCUCACAACUUGCAUUUUACAUUAUAUUUACUCGGCCUUCAGUUUGCAUUUGCACCUUUUUCUCAAGACUGAGUAUCAGGCUCAGAUUUUUAAGUAAGGGUCUUGGUGAGUCUUGGAUUUCACCAUUCGUCACCCCUUAUUUUGUUGGAAUUUUUGACAUUAUGCAGAGUCGCAACAGUCACUGUUUGUUGACAAAUUGUACCAGAGCUAGGGAAAAAGCUAGGCUGUUCAUUCCCAGAUGGUUACAAUGAUGAUUGACAUCAUUCCUUCGAAGCAUGAAUGCUUAAUAUGGACUUAAUAUGGAUGAAGUAAAUAUUAGAUUAGGGAAGCACAUUCCUUGUGAAAACAAAGUACUUACUAACCUCCAAAGGUAUGCAAUAAAGGCAUUUUUGGCAAUAGCAAAGUUUACCUUUUGUUGGAAAAGUAUGACCAAAUCUUAGUUGGUAAAUGAUGAGUUAAGGCUCCAGACUAUGCUAAACUGAGUCAUUACCUUACGACGAAGAUAUCAAACAAAUUUCUUCAGGGAACACUAACCAUAAUAUUUUUGGUGAUUUUUGAAGGCAUAGCGGUAAAACUUGAAAAAGUUGACACAGUUUGUUCAAGUUUCAAUACCUUUUUUUUUUUUUACUUUUCAAACUUUUAUUAAAUAUUCCACAGCGUUACAAUACUAACGUUACAUGACAUUGCAUGAUAUUACGUUACGAUUAAUUACAAUUACAUUACAUUACACUAUGAACUUUAACUGUAAAGUAAGUUUCAAUACCUACUAAUUUUUGCCAUCCGUAGCAACAGUAGUCUAUGUACAACCGACCCUGUGGGGAGGGGGUGGGGGCGGCUGUACACAUGCUAUAGCAACAAACGGUAGCAAACAGUUUCAAUACCUAAAUAUAGUCUUAAAUAACAAAACUGGACCAUUAUUUUUGGAAUACACUGGAUGCAAAGACACCUUUUAGCCUUUCAAAAUGUAGCAAAUAGCGUAUUGAAGCCUCUUUAAUGAGCAUGGACUAAUCUAACGUUUGCUGCGUCUCGUAGGAGCAAGUCCAGAAACCUGCGUUAUCGAUGGAGCAACACCGCUACAUGCCGCAGCAGAACGCGGGCACUCCGAUUGCAUCCAAAUUCUCUUAAACGCUGGAGGCAGCUCAUGCAUAGAGACGAGCCCUGAGAAAAUCACUCCGCUACAUUUGAGCAGUCAGGAGGGUCAUUACAAGUGCAUGGAGUUGUUACUGACUGCGGGCGCUAACGUGGAUGCGGCCACGCAGAGUGGAAACAUGACUCCGAUUUGCUUGGCUUGUCAAGGACACGCGGAUUGUACUAGACUGCUCUUAGACUGGGGGGCAAAUCCCAACCACAUAUACGAAGAUGUAGAUGUACUUCCCAAGACACCGCUGAUGGUUGCGGUUGAGAGCGACUGCGCUGAUUGCGUGAAAAUCUUGGCGGAACGUGGCGCGGACACAAACAUGGCAACUUACACGUCGCCUCUUGUUCUUGCGGCGCAGAACUCCUCUUGUGAAUGUGCCAAGAUUUUGUUGGACUUCGGCGCUGAUCCCAAUUACAGCGACCGAGGGAAGAACACUGCUCUGAGUAUCGCAGUGACACGAUUCUGUUACGGUCAUAGUCACAAGUCCAAAAAAGCACAGCUUGAAUGCAUUAAAUUGUUACUUAAGCUGGGAGCCAGUGUGGAUGCUCUUCAUGAAGGAACUUGCGUGGCGUUUAGAGACCCCAUCGCUAUGAAAGUGCAAAGUCCUGACUUGUUUAAGGUGUUGUUAGAGUUCGAGGGAAACAGGCAAGAAACGCGCGAGAUUUGUCGUGCGAACUCUCGCGCGAAGAAAACAGACUUGAACUGGCGUAGACUAGUACGGCUGACGAGUUCUCCUCGUACGCUGCAGCAUUUUUGUCGCCUGGUUAUUAGAAAGAGAAUUAACAGCAACCGUGUACAACGAAUACCUGAAUUGCCCGUUCCACCUUCUCUAAAACAAUUCCUAAUGUAUUCGGACUUGUAGACAAAACUGUCAUUUUCCUGAGUCUUGUGUUCUCCAUUAAAACUUUUUGCGUUUGACCUGAAAUCGCCCUUUCUCUAAAAUUGGAAAGUUCUACGGUUCGGUAGUAUAAGCCACGAUACUAGAGACCUUUAGCUUCUAAGACGAGGACAGCUACGAGAACCAGACUUUCUCUUAAGACUUUCUCAAAUACUUACUAGUGCGCGCGCGUGAACCAGCCUCAUUUUGGCGGGAAAAUGCUAUAGCCGUCGUCACUUUACUACGAGGUUUAGCGAGAAUGCAGUGGUGGAGACAGGUUAUCAAAUGUUGGAAGUUUUCUCACUUUGCGAGAAAGAGGGCUAAACCUCCUUCAUGAAAAUUAACCGUGUUAACUUUUCUGGUCAAAAAAGAGUAAAGUGAAGCUUUCCGGAGUGUUCAUUUUUUGACAAUACGUGAAAAAUCUUUCCCUCGGAGUUGUCCUCUUCCUCGAAUCUAAGGAUCUCUUUCUACUGAGGGGUAACUUAAAAUUGCAGUUUUUUUCCAUAAAAAUGGACGGCUCACACCGGGUUUAAGGCCAUUUCAUUUUAUCAGCCUUCGAAUGAUGAUAUAUAUAGCAAGAUGCUCAGUCACAAAACUAAAGACGAUAUUGUUCUAUAAACGAACAUUUUUUUCUCUUUUGCCAUGGGCGUGUUCGGUAUUCACGAGUUUGACGUGAACUUUGCAGUAGAAAUUGCCUAAGAAAAGAGCAGACAUUUGGAAACGCCCCCAUUGGUUUCCUCGCGAAAAGACGUCUGGGAAACGAUCGCAGAAAUUCCAUACUGAUGACGUGUCACUACCAAGAUCCUGACGGUGUUUGACAUUGGUUGAGGCAAACUUCCAACCAAUCAGAAGCACUAACCAGAUCUGGGUAGUGACGCGUCAUCAGUAUGGAAUUUCUUUGCUCGUUUCUCAGACGUCCUUUCGGCGGCGUCCUUUCAGUGGUGGGGUAGCGAAAUGCCGGCUGUUUUCUCAGGCUACAGUAAAAAGUAUAAAAACAUUUUGAUAUUAAAAAUAAUCGAGCAUAUUGUAAAUUGUAAAUAUCUUAUUAUCCACUCCCCUCAGGGCUUUUCAGAGAUAAUUUACAACACUUGUUGGGGGACUUUGCCAGACUGCUUAGGUGCAGUUUACAAGUAAUGAAGGAAUGAGUAAUGAUGCCCCCAUACAUGAGUGUGAAAGUGGGACAGACCACUACACCGGGCACUACGUGCCCUACUCUUUACGAAGAGUGUGUGGGUUCUUUAACGUCCCACAGAUUUAUUACAUGUGCAAGGGCUUGUGAGACGGGGCCUACGGUUUAUCGUCCUUAUCCGAGAAAGUCUAACCGUUUGCAGAUGUUAUUACAAAGGCAGCAUUUUCUCCUCAGUUAUUUAAAGACUCGGAGUGUUGGUCCGGCUGGGGUUUGAACCCGCGACCUCCCACUCAGCAGACCGGCGCUUAUCCCAUUGUGCCUCCGAGAAAGUCUGACGGAUAACUUACAAGAAAAAUACUUAAGGAAAGAGAAGCAAAUUAACAAUUCAAGAACACAAAGAAACUAUUUCUUAACCGGAAGUAAAACUCACCUAAACAGCAUUUCCGGCACCUGUUGGACAAUGGAUUAUUGUAAUUAUUAUGUCCAAUCAAUAAUUUAGGAGUGUGAAACCAAUAAAGAAAGCACCAAUGGUAACAUGGCUCGCUUAAUGGUUUGCUGUCGGAAUUAUAUAUACAAUGGCCAAAGAUGUCCAUUAGAAACAACAAGCGUGUGAUCGCAUGAAUAAAAUAAACUGUUACUUGUUUGAGGACAAAAACGCGAAACGUUCCAUAGAGAUCAAGGAGAUAAUUUCAGUAGAGUUUAGCGGCAUUGAAAGUUGUUGUGUACCACUUGCUAGCUUUACUCGAUCCAAGUGUCAUAAGAUGAGAACGUACCUCUUCGAGAAUGGACACGAGUCUCUAACCAUUCGAGAAAUUUUGAUGACAAAAAUUGAACUCGCAAAAGAACCAAUCUAUAUCUAGUACGGCCGUUAUGUACGCCUCAUUAGUGCCAAACAGUUCUCAGACGACUGUCGAAACGACAGGUAAGUUGCAUAUACUUGAACUUUGCUGCCUUAUUCUAGCAACGCGAUCAGCGACGCUAGACAAUUUAGCAGAAAAAACCUUGUUGUUUUUCUCGUGCGCUUCUCGUAAACAGAAGAUCGCUAGCCUAUGCAGUAAUUUGUCGUUUCCGAAUUGACAAUAUAUGUUGUAACACAUUUUUUUAUAUAGUAAAAAUACAAACUGAAAAAAAUUGUAAUAUUCGAAUGACUGCAAUAAAAGUAGUUUCUAAGUUUUAUGUAAAACAAGUCGACUGCCAGGUGCAAGGAACAAAUCUGAAGCUUGCCAGUUUCUCCUACGUUACUUGGAAAUAGCCAAAAUUUAUACUGUUACAGGUUUUAUCAUGCCAUGGCAUUUGCCGACUACGAUUUUGGUUAUAUAAAAAAAGCUGUAUUCUGCGAUGAGCCAUAGUUCUGCAUUUUUUUAAUAUCACCAAAAAAGUAUCAUUUCUGGACGCUUUGAGGUUUCUUCAGCUCGAGGGUGCCUCGAGAGCAUAUGGCAUACUUUAAAUUAUUAAAUAUUUACACCUUUCUUUUGUUAAAGCAUCUAAUAUAUGCAUUCAGAUCUUAAUUACUACCCCAAACUAUAUAACAACUCUCAUGAAUUCAGGAUCAUAACUUGCGAUAUCGCUCCUUCAUUUUUCUGACUAUCUCGUAAAAUAUUCGAAACUUGUUAUAACACUUGUUGUAUUUUCAUAUUCACGAGUAGAGUUAAAACAAUUCUUGCCUGAAAUACACAAUGAAAGGAUAAAAUAGCCAUUAUAAUUAGUAAAUAAUAGUGCUUAGGGGCUCAAAAACCAAAGUCUUAUCUCUUGACUGGGGUCAAACAAUCUUGGACUUUAAAUUCCAGUGAUUUUCCUAUAUGAUUAAUAAGAAAUAACAAAAAAUAAUAAUAAUAAUUUAGAUUUUUCUUUCGGCUUUGUUUUCGAAUGUCUUUUUGUUGUUAAAGAAUUGAGGUAUUUAUUCAUUGGUACGAUUUUUUGGCAAGUCUUGGCUAUCCCGCUAAGCGACGUAGCCUUUACCAUCUUAUGGAUCUUCUACAUGUAAGGAAUUACGUAAAACAAAGAGAUACUGCCGGAACCAAUCAGAAUUCAAAUGUUUUUCGAUCGGUUGAGUUUUCGUGGACCUUUCGGAACUAAUCGACACCGUGCCGAAGUGAGGAGUUUGUGCCUCGUGGUCGCUUUGCCAGCUAUUCGUGGCUGAUUAGCCUUGGGCUUAUUCCUCGCGAAACCGGGAGACGAACUUGGUCGGUUGCUUUCGGUGGCCAUUUGCUUUUGAAAAAGCUGAUGCUUUAUUAGCUGUUGCCUUUUGUAUUCAUUACUGUUAAGAAUUUUGAAAUCCUUAAUCUCAUUUCCAGACCCCUUGUAAUUUUUGAAUAUAUAGUCUGGUCAUUUUCUUUAACGAUCACUUAAGAUCACUUUUGCAAAAGUAUGUUGAAUAGCAUAUGAAACUUCAAGUUUAUAAAAUGCGAAAACUCACAAUGUUUAUCACCGCUGUUUGUGUUUUUUUUUGUAUCAAACUACGAUGGCCCAAGAACAAAGUCUCUAAGAAGAAUAAAGGUUAGGUGAAACUUUUUCGAAAAAGUGAUCCGGCCAUCACCUUCGAAACUAGUUAGCCUGCAUAGCAGACUUAUGAGAGAAUUGGGGGCAAAAAAAGACAUGCUCUAGUCUUUAAGCGAGAACUCCACUAUCGCGCGCAAUAAACUUGCUUAUCUUACAAAUGAACAUUUUAAUGCAAAGAAUCGCAAACGAUUCUACUACAGGACGUAGGAUCUACAAGAGAUCUGAUCAGUAAAAAUAUACGAAGUAAACAAAAUCUGAAAAGCUGAUCGUUCGUAAGACUUAACUUUGCAAGACAUAAACAAGACACCGAAAGAACCCAAACAGAAAACAGAGCGGCGUCCCCCGGGGAGGGGGGCACUUGAGAACAGUUUGGGUGAAGGUAAGCCAUCAAGACCUUCAGACCCCGUUUAAGACUGUAGACCAAAUGCCCUGUUUAAGGAGAUCUUUUCUUUUUAGAUAGUAUAAAAUACAAUGUAAAAUGGGGGAAAAAUAUAUUUAUUUAAUUUGUUUUGGAGUCACAUGCAAAAAGAUUUUUUUUUAGAUUACUGACAAAACAAAAUAAGAUUAUUUUAAAAAACUUCGUUAUACCCGUAUACUGCUCGCCGCCAAAAUUCACACCCUGUUUAAGGCUUCGGGUCCAAACAGACACCCUGUUCAAGACGCUCAAUAGUUAAAUUAUAUACCCUGUUUAAGACUCAUGACCCUGAAAAGUGAAAACCAUACCCUGUUCAGCCGCAAAUACCCAUAUAGGCCAAAUGAGGGAGUCCCCCCGGGGGGUGGGGCUAGGGCUUUUGACAGCUGUUUUGUCAUUGUGGCCCAAACUCACAAUGACAAGUGAUGGCGUGAUUCGGUGGGUGAGACAUGCAGCCCAUUGUCAGGGCUUUUAACAGAUUGUGCGGGUAUUUUCUCGGUGGUUUUUCCGUUUGUUGCGCCCUUCUGAUGAGCUACAAUAAUGGCGAAACAGCUGUCAACGGCUACAACUCCGCUCUGUUUGUGGUCUAUUUCGUAAAUGAGGUUGAUGAGAACAAAAGAAACAUUCUGGUGAUAAAAUGGCCUAUUGCGGCCAAAAAAGCAGAAAAAAGAAAAUGGAACGCUUUAUAAUUUGGUCCCAAUGGAAAUUCCGGGCAAAUUUAGUCUAUUUUGCCCGGGAUUUUGCACGUAUUCAUGAAGUCCCAAUUAAUAGUCCACACUAAACUCGUUUAUAAUUUAUAAUCUCUUUAAGCUACAGAUCCUAGCCUGAAUUUCAGCCGUCUUCUCGAGCCGCAAACUCCCGAGAAAGUUUUUGGGUUGUGACUCAAGGAGACGGCAAAAAUUCAGGUUUGAUAGAUCUUAUUUUAGCAGCCGGAACUCUGAAAAAAACCCCGCCUUUUUGAAUUGACAAACCACUCCAUUUUGUUUUGCUAACUGACAGUUUUAUCAUGAUUAUCUACAAAACUAUUGAAACCUCAAUCUUCAAUGUAAAUAACAACAGCUUUUCGGGCCGUUAUCGGGACGUUCGAGAAACGGGCUCCCGACCCGGGGGAGCGGUAGAAAUCGAGCUUAGUUCCUAUUCGAAAAUAAGAGUUAAACGUAGAGGCGUAAUUUUGAUUUCUGUAAUUUAAAGGACAGCGUUCGAGAUGAAAUCGAGAAACCAUCUUCGCCUAGUUUCGCGUUUGGAGGAAAAAUACAGGCAGCACUUAAUCAAAUUUCACAGUUGUGAGAAGCUCAUCUGAUUGGCUCCUGCCUCCUGCCUCCUGCAGGUACCAGUUAUGGCAUUUCAACACGUUGUUUAGAAUUUGAAAGUUCGUUUCUUUUUAUUCAUCUAGUUUUUUUUAUCGGUGAGUCGGAUUUUUUUUCUGCAAAAAAGAUACUGAUUUUAUCUAGAGUAAGAAAAAAGUACUGAUUGGUACCGCGCGCUGCAGGCGCUGACGUAGUCUGGUCAGCAGCAAGGUACAUCUAGCGAUAGGCACGCCAUGUACGGUGUGGAAAGGGCUUAUGGAAAGGGCAGCGGGGAUUUGUUACGCAUGAGCGGUUCGAUGUUAUUUAUUACCAUCGUCUUUUGAGGAAGAAGUUACAGUUGCAGCCGUCUCGAAAGUAAAUUGUAGGUGUAUGCAUAUUGUAGUGUUGAAGCAGGUUGAAGUAAGAGAAGAUACUUCUGAAAAAAGGCAGAAUUGGGUACUAAUCGCUUUUUUUAAUGCAAAAUUAAGCCUUUCGAUUCUCUUUAUCAUCAGAUUCAGGAAGCCGAAAUAUGAGGCACCUGUACUACUAUAACAACAACGAUGGUGGAGGUGAGUUAUUAUUUUUUGCUACAUAUUUCUAACAGCACAGAACAAUCAAGAGAAGGUGGCAAAUUGUACUUUACUCAAUUUUCCAAUCACCUGAUUCACCAUUUUCAGAUUGCCGAUGAUACAUCUUGUUGUUUGCUUAAAAUUUUGCAUAAACUGCUCAAUGUUUUCAAUACCUGGAACAGGGUAUGCAAAAGUUUAGGGGAACACGAGGUGGUGUUUUUUUGCCUGCAAACUGAUGUAGUCUGCUACACAGCCGUUUUUAGUGUCGUCACGCAACGUUUGUGGGGAGGAGUGUUGCGUGACAAUGCUAAAAACGACUGUGUAGCAGACUAAAACUGAUGACUGCUUCAAGGUUUUUGAGAAGGGUGUUAUAUCUUUUAUGUCACAGACAUGGGACAAAGAAAAAAAGGGUAAGUCCCUAAUGGGAUGGAAACCCUUGACAUCCCAGAGUACUGCUAGAGUGUCUAGUAGCCUGCCUGAAAGGGUGGGUAGAAAUCAAUCCUGCUAAGACCAAGAGAGGAUAACGUAUCCUUUUAUCCUCUCUUUGGUGAGAACACAAUGGACGUCCUGCUCCUUUUCUCCUAAAGCAAGAUUUUUUCAUUCUCCUGCAACUUUUUGAAGUGGUUUUAGCUUUCCAAAAAAUAAUAGAUUUUUAAAGAAGAACUCUUGAACCUCCAAGAUUGCUUUAAUUCAUUUGACCAAGAGAGUCCAUCUUCAAGCAUGAGACAGGCAAGGCAAAUGAAAGAAACUAAUAAACUAAAAUACUAACAAUAAAAUUCAUACAGUAAUAAUAAAACCAUGCCUUAAGCAUGCGUACAGCUGUAUCUUCCGAAAUGUCGAGAAGAGAUGACACCUCAAAACGCGCGGUUGAUUUGAGAUGAGAAAAAACAGGGAAAGGGGAUGUUUCUGGAGUCCGUUUUUGCACAUUUCUCUUUCUUUUUCUCUGACUGUGUGUCUGGCAGUAGAUAUUCCAUUCUUGUCCGAAAAUCAAAGAAAUAAUAAGUGGCUGUAGGAAUUUGCAACUCUAACCAAAAAAACACGACAAUUUAAAUGAAGAUAUGAUUGUAGCAGUGGUAAUUGCAAUUUAACUAAUAAAUUGCAAAUUAACCCGAAAAAAUUUCGGGACUUCAACUUCUUUAUUUACGUUUGUAUUUCUGCACAUCUCAUCAUCUUCAAAAAAACGACAAUGUAAAGUCAAUAAAUAUUCCUCUUAAGCAUGUAUGGUUAAACAAGGGUUAUUUGAGAGUGCAUGAGGAUUGGUGAGGGUAUCUGAAAAUGUGAAAUCACUGUGUGAGAGAGAAAGAGGGAAAUUCCAUACACUGCCAUGAGUGAAACAUGCUGGUUUAAACUCUUACAAUGUGUACAUGAAUCACCAAAAGGAUAAAAAAGUCCAGGCAACACGAGAGAGCUAGAGGUUGAAAUACACCUUUAUUUAGUAAACUCGAACCUGAUUGGCUGGAUGCAGAAAUGCGAUUACUAGUAAAUAGGCCACUUCUGAGUUCUAGAAACUCUCACUUUCAAAACGAGGGUCAGUGCAGAACAUUUCUUGUGAAAAUGAGUUUUAUUUGCAUGAGAAUCGAAAAUACUUUUCAUAUCAAUGGCUCUGCACUUAGCCUCGCUUUAACCCUUUAAGCCCCGGUAUCCACAUACAAAUCCUCCAAACUGAUCUCCAUACAGAGAGAAUUGAGAAUUGAGUUGAGAGAACUUGAUAAUAGAUCAAGGCAGUUUCUCUUGAGUGAUCAUUUUAUUAAUUCUCAUAACUUAUAUCUGGACAGUGUAUGGAUAUUGUUAGGAGAAAAUUGAUCUUGGUCACUACUGGGACUUAAAGGGUUAAUAAAAAAGGCUUGGGGCUACUCGGAAAUAGCCUAUUGCCAAAUAUGGGAUUUAGAGUCGUGUCACGUGACUUUAAAACUAAUAAAAAUGACAGCAGAAACAGCCUCACAGGAAAAUAUCACAAUUAUGGCUUAUGAAAGCAGAAAAAGAAAAGGAAAGAUUGCCAACCACAAUGAGAAUCUUAUACCGCGAAAAGAAAGUAGCAAUAUACUUUUGAAUAACAAUUGAUCGUGAGUAAUGAAAAAUAUUAAGUCGUGGAACCCUUAACAGUGCUUCUUCGUCUACUGGCAUAUGCUUGAUCAAGUUGCAAUUUAGAAAUUUGUUUUUUUUAAAUAUGUAUGUUCGAUAAGUAACCUUUGAUUAGUUUUGCUCUUAAUUGCCUUUUUCUCGCGUCUGAACGUUCCGGCAUGCAGAGAAAAAUUUGGUUGGCUAACCACAAGAAAGAAAUAUCAAAGACUUAUACAAGUUCAGUUACUUACGAACAACAUAGAUCAAAAUCCGCAGAGAAAGAUAUUUUUUGCAGUGCUAGCGAAAGAAAGAGAGUAUCUCAUAGAAAUUCAAGUGUAAUCGAGGCCAUAUGGUUAUUCAUGACUUCAGGAAUUGUAUCGAGUAGCUAGGGUUCGGGCUCGUUUAUUGAAUUAGAAAGCACCAUUUAAGAAGAUAUUGGUUCUUUCUGGUUUAAUUGUUUCUUAAGGAUGGUGUUUGUAAGUAAGCUAAAGGUAGUAUGCCGCGACCAUUAUAGGUGAACUUAGUCUUAAGUUCUAGAAGAGAGCGGGCGUUGUUAAUUCCAAACGCCAAUUUGAUUCUAGAAUUGAGCGGUUUUUGUAAUAUGAUUGACUUAAUACCAUUUAAUCGGUGUUCAUUUGUCUAUUUAAGCAUUGUGGUCGAGAAGCAGAUCUUUCUAGAAAGCAGUUGAUUUGUUAGUUUUUUCUGCCUAUUUCCUAAAGACAUUCGGGUUUGCAGUUGAUUGUAGUGUCUUAUUAAUUCAAGGUCGAAUAAAACAGAGUUGUGCCGUGAAACACUAAUCCAGCAGCGCUUAGAUUUGUACAAACGUUAUCCACUACCAGGGUGCCAGGCCAGAAAAUUGUUCUUAAAUAACCAAAGUUAUCAAUUCAGAACGAUAGUGUUUAAAAAUAUUAAACCAACAGGUAUCAAUAUAUGAACAUUUAACUUCAGAACGGAAUCCUUUAAAGCGGUUUUAGAGAUAAAAUUAGGGUUUCGGAAUCAGAUUCUCUGUUGAACAUCUAUCGGAUUAAAAGUCGACGUUAGACAAAGAAGAGUUUUAUUGAGUUAAACUGAGAACUUCUUUCGAUCUUUGCUUUUUAAAAAUAUUUCUGGAUAUUAACUUUCCUACACUAAGUAAACAGAGGAUUUGAAACUUUGAAAACAAUUUUUUCUAACAUUAUCGAUACCGACAGUAGGCGCAAUAACUCAGUCGUAGGCCGAUUAAACCUGAGUAGAUACGGCUUGUUCAGUCAUCUGUACGCACACAUGCAGCGCUGUUGUUAAAUAGUAUGUCGAUUUUUACCAUCAAGAGUCUGAACAUUAUUAGAAGCUAUUUUCUGACGAAAGUUCAAGGUCGCACCCGAAAGCGAUUCCCCUGCAGGACGUCGUACUAUACGUAAGUCUACUGCCAUGUUGUAACCCUGCGUUUAUUGUUUCGAAACUGCUCGGAUAUGAAAAAUACUUGUUAGUUAUCGUUCGCUCAUUACCCGGGCUGUUGUGCCAUGAUCGAUUAUUCACAAUCCCUGCGACUAGGAAAGCGAGCUAAGCUAGGUAAGACAGCUUUUCUUUCCUUUUUUACUAACAGAUUUUUCACUUUGCCAGUUACCCAGCGUCAGUAUAUUGUGCGUGGUUUAUAUCCCUUCUUUAUCUCUUUGCUCUCAUCAUAAAAGUAUUAAGUUUGCAGAUAUGCUGGAUACCAGUGUGUGGAAAAGAAUAUAUAGCUUAAUCAUUCGACACACAGUCUCGACAGUUCAAUAAUAAUUAUUUCGCCAGCGUAGCUGAUUGAUUAUUCUCCCGUCAAAACUCAUCUCGUUUCCCCGUCGGCUUUUUAUUUACUUAAGUUCAGAGCAUUUGUCGUUUUAUCAGUAGAAUAUUAUUUGUUUUAUACUCGGCACCUGUCGCGUCAACAAUGUAUUACCGAUUGAAUGGAAAAUGCUUUUUAUGCUGGUCCAAACGAAGAAUUAAGAUCGGUCUGAAUUUUGGUUCAGCGUUCGGGGUUUCAUGUUCUCUUCUUUUUCUUUUUCUUGCUUUAUUCGUGUGUGUAGGCCUGAGCAGAAAUAAAAUGACUUUUCAGAUCGUUCGUUUUUAAUGUACAAAACUUUAUGAAGAAAAAAAAAACAAACAAAACAAAACAAACGCCCCCAUGUCGAAUCAAAUUCCAUCAGUUUUUUCGCGGACAUCAAUAGAACGCAUUGAUCAAAACGUCUGCUACGAAAUCGGGUUUUAUCUGAGCCGACCUGCCCCCAUAUCUACAGCAAUUAUCUCAAAACAUCGCCUUUAAUAUUCCGUCAGCUAACUCGGAGUAAACGUCAGUCCAUUUGUUAGUUUAAGUAGACUGUUUUGGUUGAAUAGCAGUAAAAGUUUGUGGACCCAGGAUUUCUUCAAAUUGCAUUCCUUAGAUGACGUGUUUUUUUUUUUUACCUUAAGUUUUUCUUGGAAAUAAAAACAAUAAUGAUAACAAUAACAACUAUUCAAUACUUUUGUAUUUUUCGUUGGCUUGUCUUCAUGACUUGACCUUGUAAGAGAGGGAUAUUUAAGCUUCGAUAACCCAUCUUUGGCAUUUAGCCCUGUGAUAGUAUUGAUUUUGACAGCAAGACCGCAAUUCUGUUUGGCUUUAAUUUGACCCUCACAUGGCUGUUUUCUCACAGAUUUACUUCAAAACGAAGUGAUUUUGCUAUUUUUCUACCGCGGGGGGCCUUAUUAUUCGAUCACAGAAGGUAGCCAUUCAGCAAAGAAUUCCCUUGGUUCCAUAUCAGGGGGAACGCGUGGGUUUUAGCAGAGAUAUGAGUGACUGUCAUUUCGGCCUAAUCGACAAAAGCUGCAGACACGAACCGCAAAUUAUUGAGCGGGGCUUCGUACAACCGAAAAGUGGCGUUUGCCUUAAACGUCAAAAUUAGCUUCAAUUGGCCGAAAUCCCGAAAACACGACACCUGUGUUAUUCGCCUUGAGAGAGAAACUGCGGUUGUUUACAAUGAGAGCGCGCCUUCGUCUCAUAACUCUUUUAUGAACUGUAUUUCCAAUGUGGUCUGUCAUUAGCAGGUUAAAAAAUUCCAUCAGCAAGCGAAUGAAACCACAAUUGCUAUUUGCUUAUCGUGGGGGUGGGUCUUAGUCGGUUGUUCGACAGCCGGUGGUCCUCGCAGCGCUCGCAGACAAAUCUUGAACCAGAUUUGACUGAAUUUCUUUGUUUGCAAGCGUUUUCGCUGUUAAGUUUUUAUCUCUAAUUCGAGGGCGGCCUCACAACUGGAAGAACUAGACAAAAAUGACAGGAGUUUUAUGAUUUUAAUUGUGGUUCUUAUACAAUCGGCCUUGAUCUUGGGCUUCUCAUAACCUACGGCGUGAGACAACCAGUGGUCCUUGGGCGGUGAAUUUAACUUACGUGUGUAUAUAUGGGUAAACUGUACAACUACUGAUAAGACAAACAAACGAUUACAAACAGAACAACAAACAAACGGCAUAAAUACACUCGCACACACGCCGGAAAACAGUUAUUAAUUUAGCCUUCUUCAGUGACGCCUUUUAAAAGUUGCAUAACCGAACAGGAACUAGGAAGAACAACUAGGAUGUGGAGAAGAGUGGUUGACCUUGGAUGGAAAGGGACCCUUUGCACUCAUUUUUAAGAGCAGAACAUUUUGCUAUCUAAUAAGCGUCAAAUGCAAUGCAUUAGCUAAGUAACAUUCUUCAGCUAGCAAAAUGCCGUUGCCAAGAAGCUAAAACCUCCUCCAUUCAAAAAUCAAUUUAUCGUGUGUCAAGAGGGGUUUGUCCUUUGUGGCGAAAGUUUUUUUGUCUAUAAAAACUGUGACCUAGGCAGGUGAAUAUGAUUUUGAAGAUACCCGUGUUUCUGUAGUCUUUCUUUUCCUGCCUUACGCAGAUCUCCAAUCUGUCCAAUCAGUUGUUUUGGCUCCCUUCACCAACUGUAUGUCGGUAAUAGCUGUCAUAUUUAUGUAUAUUUGAGACGAUCUUUUGCAUAUUUUUUGCUCUAUCACAACAAACCUUUUGACUCAAAACUGCCUCAUCUUUUCGCUCCAGCGGCCACAGCAAAGAGAUUUUUGAUGCCGGCGCAAAGUGUCAUUCUCCAGAAAUAUCACAUUUGAAACUCGUCGUCUCACGGGGAGAUAGACGGGUUUGUUUUGGUUCUGUUCGCGUCGAGAGCAGCAGGUUUUCUAUCAUUGCUGUUACUAUGCAAAUUACACUCAGUGCUGUGCAUAUGUGAAAGAUUCAAUUCCCCGAGUCGCGCGUGCCCAAUGAAAUCCUGGGAGCGACAUUUGUGACUAUUCCAUACUAUCUCUGUGUCGCUGGUCUAGAAGAAUGUCCCAUCGAUAAGAUCGUGCGCUUUACGAGGACUAUAAUCUCUGACUGAUUAGAAAACCAACCUGUAGGCGCCAACAGUCGAUUGUAAAUUCCUGCAUUCGAAAGAACUGAUUCGCUCUGCUCAGCGCCGCGUCUUGGAUGAAGUUGGAAGACGUCAGCCCCGUAACAGAGAUCGCAAAGAGAGAGAAUUCCCGAGAUUAAUAUUGUCUGAAUGUGACCACGUGUCAAGAACGUCGUAUUUCGACACCGACACAAUGACUUUGGAGAAACUGCAAUGAAAACUGCGAGCACAAAGUGGCAUUUAUGGCAACAUGUUUUUUGACUCACGGCUCUGAGGUGUCAUCUCGACUCGCGAGUAACUCGAACAUUGUUAUCUGGGGCCUCGCGUCCGCCGCGUUUGUUUCAUUAUCCCCUAUGUCAAAUGGAAUCAGAGUUCUUUUUCCUCAAAACGUGACCCACACAAGUAAGUUCUACGGCUUUCGGAAAUCGUAUGUUGAUUUAAGAGUAGCUAUUGCUAACAGCGUUAUUACACAGCUCGCGAGUUACUGCUAGCCUUCUCAAAACAUCUGCCAGUAACUCAAGGCGGCCAAGUAAAUUUACAGUUUUUAUCAUACAGUUAACGCCAAGUAUGGAUUUGGCAAUUGGAUGCGAAAUUAUAUCACGACAUCUGUGUACUAUGGAUUAGCGAGAAGCCGUCAAACUCUUGCUAAUAACAGCGAAAACAUUUCUACCUCUAGUAUGUUUAUAUCCCUUAUUUACAUUUCCUGUUUAUUGAAGGCGACGUGAUAAUUUAUUCAGUGAAUUAAUAAAUUACAAGUUUAGAUCGAAAAGGAAUCAAUAAUUUAUGAGAAUCGGGCCCUUUCAGUAUCUGAAGCGGGACGUCUUCUCAAAUUUUAAGUUUUCUCCUCUUAUUUACAAUAUUUUUCUCGCAAAAAAGGAAAAAUGUGGCGGUACGGUCGAAGGAUUUACCGGGUUCCUCAGAGAAAUCCCCCUCCGGCUAGUACUUCAUGCCAGUUAUUAAUCAAAUGUUUCAAUCCGGACUUUAGGUUCGCCGUAUUUAACAGAUCGUAAAGUGGAGAUGGACGGUCCGCCAGGAGUGUCAACGGUUCCUGCAACUCCUGAUAAACUACAUCAGAACUCUGUGAACUUUGCUCCGGGGAACAACAUCACAAACUCCCCAAACAAGCGCCAUUCGGCCCGUGACUCGAUCACUUUGUCUGGUAUCAAGACUCAAGUGGAACCCCUUCUAAACGAACUGAGUGGCGACAGAUUCGUAAUAAACGUAAGUGGCUUGAAAUUCGAAACACACGUUCAGACCUUAGAACAAUACCCGGAGACCUUACUAGGCAAUCCAGGGAAGCGACGCAAGUACUUUGAUUCUGUCCGGAAUGAGUAUUUUUUCGAUCGCAAUCGACCUGCCUUCGAUGCAAUUUUAUUCUACUACCAAUCAGGGGGAAAGCUUUUGCGCCCUGCUAAUGUGCCCAUGGAUGUUUUUGCUGACGAAAUUCGCUUCUACGACCUCGGCGAGGACAUUUUACACAAGGUAGAGCAGGAAGAAGGGUAUAUUGAGGAGGAACAGCCUAUUUUACCUGAAAAUAAAUGGCAGAGAAAGAUCUGGCAACUAUUUGAGUUUCCUGACACUUCGUUAGGGGCGCGUAUUGUCGCAAUUUUUUCUGUGUUGGUGAUCACUCUAUCAAUAGUGACAUUUUGCGUCGAAACACUGCCGCAGUUCAGACAGGAGGACAGUGGAGAGAAGAAGAAACAACCUUGGUUUACUCUAGAGACUGCGUGUAUAAUAUGGUUCACAUUUGAAUACGUAAUGAGAUUAAUAUCGUCUCCUCAAAAACUGGUGUUUGUGCGCUCGUUUCUGAACCUCAUUGAUAUAGUAGCUAUUUUACCUUACUACAUAACAUUACCUAUGCAAGACACCAAAGCCUCCAGCUUCGGCGUGUUGCGGGUGAUUCGACUGGUGCGCGUUUUUCGAAUAUUUAAAUUAUCGCGACAUUCCAGAGGACUGCAGAUUCUAGGGCACACUCUACGGGCGAGUUUGCGGGAGUUAGGACUUCUAAUUUUCUUCCUUCUAAUCGGCGUUAUUCUCUUUAGUUCGGCGGUGUAUUACGCGGAAGGUGGAGAGGAUGAAACCAAUUUUAAGAGCAUUCCCGAUGCUUUUUGGUGGGCAGUGGUUACUAUGACAACCGUCGGUUACGGUGACAUGAGGCCCAUCACGGUGUGGGGAAAGAUCGUAGGAUCGCUUUGCGCCAUUUCCGGUGUGUUGACGAUCGCGCUUCCAGUGCCUGUAAUCGUAUCCAAUUUUAACUACUUCUACCAUCGCGAGAACGAACAAAGGGCGGCCGAACAAAGCAAGAAGGAGAAAGAACGCAAAGAAAGCGAAAGACUUCUGAAGGAGCAACAAGAACAAGAACAAGAACGCAAAUAUGGCGCCAUCGACCACAACGGGAUGAACGGCCCGGAAUCGACUGGGGUCGAAAUGGAGAUGUUAACUUCCCUGGAUAACAUUCCUUCAAACAUGACGGCAAAUAAACACAAGGCAAACACGGCAGUUGUGUCUAAUUCUAUGCCGCUUGUGGACUACCCUGACGCUACCAUACGAUUUGAAACGGGGGUGUGAUGUCAGGCGUGCCCCGUUUAUUGUUAUUUAAUUUGGAGGCUUUUGAGGGAAGAUUGGGAGUUGUGCUACAAUGAGAUCCAUCAGAUAAGAGCUCAGUGUCGAGACGAAGAAAUAAAGAGCUAACUUAAUACCAGUAAGUCGCCCUGCGGUACAUCUCUGGCCGAUGCACGCGUAAUUUCCUUACGGCUCUGUUUGCUCCGCAGCGUGGAAUAGUUAGGAGGGAGAGAAACCAUAAACCAAGCCAAGGAAUGGCAUCUUGCCGAAAGAUUUAACUUACAGUUUUCUCAAUAUUAAAUGGCGAUCACUUGCUGUUUGCCCGGCGAAAAGAAAGAGAGAAACCAAACUUUUAAGCUGUACGCUGCUUAAAUCCAAAGAAAAACAACUUUAAUAAACGAUAAAUCGAGCCGUCGCUCCGAGAUGGCGUAUUCAUUUUUUUAUAUUAUAAAAUUCACUGAUUUAUAAUUGAUAUAGUAAUACUAGGUGGCACAAUGCUUCGGCUACGAACGAAAAGCCAAACAGUGUUUUUUUUUAGUUUGAAUAUGAAAAGAACUAAGGAAUUCGCUCUGAAAUGAGCUAAAAUUAGUUACUACGGUCAAAAACAGAGUUUUCAACAAGAAACCAGCAGCUCAAACUUAUAUUUUUUGGCAACAAAGUUGUCAAAUUCUAGUGGAUUUUCUUUGAAACCCAGGUACAAAUUAAUCGUCGUGAAUUCCUGGUUACAUUUAUUUUCAGUUUGAGACAUUUUUAGUUUCCUUGCGUCUUUAAACGUCGAACAAAGAUUUUUCGAAUGGCAGGGACUAAAAACGCGUUAACUAAAGCGAACAAUUUUCCUUAGGCGGAGAAAGUUGGUGUGUUUCCAGGCGGUGAUGCCCGUUUGAAUUUUUAGAUGGUUUAAACAAGAUUUGUGGGCAGAAGUCACCGUCCAAUCAAUCUAUCAAAUGUAAGUUAUUCUAUUUUAAAACGCACAACUAUAAAAUGAAAACAAGCGCUGUGAAAGGACAUAGAUUUUAAAAGAGCUCUUACGUCGCUUCAGUUGUUGACGCGAGGAAACUUAUAGUCGGUAGAAAUUUGAGCGAACCUACCGGACUAUUAAAAAAAUACUGAAGAGUAGAACUAUUCGAUAAUAUAAUUUUAGGUAGGAAACAGCCAAGACUAAUAUAUACUUGUCAUUUCAGCACUAUGAACUGAAUGCGUUAUUGAAAUAAAAUUGAUUUGAAUUUAUAGCUCCAUCGGG